UCCCUCUAUCUGCCAUCCCGGUCGGGCACGCGUCAUUCUCGAUUCGAUCGGUUAUGUUGAGACAGCUGAUCGAUUAAUUGAGCUGCGAAAUAGAUAGAGCGAAAGAGGAAGUUUCUCUAAUGGAUGAUGAGAAUCGGUAACGAGUUUAUCGGCAUAAACACGUAGACGUCCACGAUCUGUCGGGUCGCAUUCCCCGACAGGAGGGUGCCGCUGACCCGGGGUGGGCCUCGACGGGAGAUCGUGAGGUCCGUUCAUCGUAACAUGGGAUCAAGCCGUAAAUAAUAGCAACCGGCACGUGAUACGACACACGACUUUCGUGUAGCGUAACGAUCGAGACGUAACGGCGUAUCAUGCACAUAUUAAUAAUUUCGUGAUACAAAUGACGUGAGAGAAAACAGCAAGAGGGAAAGAGAUAAAGAUUCCGACUAUUUAAAGGCUAUUUUUCUAUUAGGUUUUAUCCUUAAUCGCAACAAGAUCCGCUUUUCGUUCGCAAAAGCUUCAUUGCGUUCUUCAAAACACGGUUUAUCUCCGUAAUAUCACAGGAUACUAUUGAUCAAAUCCUGGUUAAGUAUUAAUUAUAAAUCUGAAGAUGAAACGAUGGAAGACUACGACGUGAUCUAAGCAGCAUGGAUGACGAUGAGCCAUAACAAGCUGAAUUUUUUACGACAAAAUUUUGCUGUAAGUUUGUGAAGCUCGAUGAAAAAUUAAUUCAAUUUCCCGAUGCGCGAACGUAUGACAAAGAGAAGGCUAAACGCUGUCUUACAACAUACUAUGAUCGAUGAGAAUGGAAGACUAUGAUCUGAAUUUCUUAGGACGCAUCGAUUAAAAUUUGACAUCCCGCCGUUAUGAGAUGAGAAAUGGUGUUGUAUGCUCACAAGCUUUCGUGUAACGCAAUACGAUAAUGUAAUAAGCCAUUGAUAUAUCCAUAAUGAACGAUGAUAAACGACGAUAAUGACUUUAUGAAUAUUUCAUACAAUCUACCGAAAAUCGGAGCACGAUUCGUUUGGAACAAAACCGUGUCGUGCCAUUGUGCGAGAAACUAUUGCAUUUUAACUGACUUCAAUAACAUCGACCGUCCUGACAGUUUUGAUGCUCAUAUGAUAAAUUUAUUUAAUAAGGCACAAACUCGCAAGGAAUAUUUUCCGCUACUUGUAAUAGAAAAAGUUUCAGAACGUCAAUUUGUGCGCGCGCUUGUGCAUUUUUCAUCGAAAAUACAACACACGCUGCAUCGCCGGAGUGAGGAUCGAUCGAAAAAGCAGUGUCUUUAACGUUUUCCGCGAUAACGCGAACCGAGACCCAGUCCGGGUGCGCUGACAAGGCGCGUAUAAAAUCGACGAUAGCGAACUGGACAGCCGCCAGUCUUGCGAGAGCCGCGCGCGAGAGCGGACGCGCUCGUUUCACGCCGAUGUGGUGCCACGUGAGGGAAAAGCCAGGAGGAAAACAGCGUUCGCGCGCAGCUCCGAGCUAACAACAUUUUCUUCCCGUUUCUUCCCUCCCAUUGUGGACUCACGUUAUCGCGUCGAGCGACAGGAAUGGUGUGGAUUGCGCCGGAAGUGUGACACAGAAUUAAAACCAAGCGGGAUCGGCCCUCGGAGUACGUGGGAUGUGUCUGAUGAUCGCGGCAUUCCAUCGGAUUUAGUUCCAUCGACACGGGGAAAUUUGAUGCGCACUGAUUUCCUCGUGGAACUUCGACGCAGAACGAAACAAAAAAAGAAAAAAAAAAGAAAAACCGAACGAACUUAUAAAUUGAAAGUUUCGACGAGUGCAAAUCUAUUUGCUAUUUCUACUUGUAUUAUUUGAUAACAUAAUAAUCGAUAUCAUAUUUGUAAAAACGAUAAAUUCAAGACUGUUAAUGAAAAAAUUACCAUAAGAAAUAAUUAAAUAAGUCCGAGUGAAAUGCAACAAACGUUUUAAUUAAACAAAAAUAGAGACAAAGCAAUAAUAAAAUUGAGUGUUUUCAUUAAACAAACUGUACGACAUUCGUAUACUUUUAUAUUACUGAUUGCUUUUACGAGAGUAGCUAAUCAAGAACGUACACGUGUUAGUUUUGUCGCUACUUGAAUUCUCGCUUUUCUACAGAUUCGGUACACGUUUUCAAGUGAAGCUUCAAGAAAGAAGACGGAAAAGAAUUCCCAAAGGGCGGAAAAUUGUUCGAGGUGUACCUAUUGUAGUGUCUCACGCGAAGUAUUCUAUCGAUAUUUUUAAAACAUUAACACCGACCCUGAAAAUACUUCCGCGAAGGUGUGAAUACAGGCUAUUAUGAAAUUACCGUUGAGCGUUUAAAGUUACAACGUAGAUAAAACUUCUACUACGCCUGAAGACGAAACCAAUUCCUUACAAGCAUUCCGGAAGGAUCUUCGCAAUCUCACCCGCGCGCAACUUACUCUACUGAAAGUUUCCCGCCCCGCGGUAACUGCCGUAAAAAUCCUAAGAGCAGAAUCGCAGAAACCCUGUUUGUGAACAACUUGGAAAGUAUCUCGCAAGAUAAAAAUUCAUUUCACUGUGAAAAUAUAAAUCGCAUCGGUGCGAAAAUAUUCUCUUCGGAAUUUUGUUGCUCAAAGGGAAAAAUUCCGCAAAUUGUACAAGAACUAUCUUCCGAAUAUCUGUAAUAACUGUUAUCAAGAAAGUUAUAUCCGUGUCGAGUAUUAAAAGAGGCAUCAGGGAAGAAUUCAGAAGCGCGCGUCAAAUUAUUAGUGAAAUCUUUAAGGACUCUCAAGAUAUAACUAUUGGUUUUUCGACUUCUACGACGAUUUCUGUCAGAUUAAUAAAAAAAAUCUGCAAAGGUAAGCUUUCCGAGCUAGAGGAAGUCUCGUAAUAGAUCACGCAAUGCAUCGGAUACGAAAGAGCUUCGAGAAGAUAAGUGAGAAGUCCUGGGAAUCUUAGGCAACGGGAAAAAAGACGGAAGUCGAGGUAAAAUCACACGAAAGCGAAGGACGAGAGGAGGGAAUCGCGAAUAACAGGCAGAGGCAAGGAAACGCUCCAGGAAUGCCGUGGAUAAAGUGUUUGGGUGGUGGAGGCGGGAAGGCCAGGAGGGGCAAGCCACUCAGCGUCAGUCAACCGAUCCACCUGCUUGUCAAGAGCGACUUCGAACCUCAGUGUCACGUGUUCCGCACCAAGCAAUUGCGCAAACCACGACCGUGUCAUUUAUGCCACCAGGCGGUGAUCAAGCAAGCUUCCUGCUGCAGAGUGUGCAAGUACAUCUGUCAUAAGACAUGCGAGGAUAAGGGCGCGCGGUUCCGAGACACCUCGCAGCAAAUCCAUAAACAAUGGCAAGCCGAUCCAACAAGGGCAUUUCCAACAGUCGGCGGUGUCACUGCGAAUUCGCCUUCACCGGCAUCAGGAGAGCUCUCCACGCCAAAUUCCACUCCCAGCCCUAGCCCUAGUCCGACUAAUCAUCAAGUCACGCACAAUGGCGGCUACGAAUCACAACCGAAAAAUGUUAACAACGUCGCGAGAAGUAAACACCAUCAAGUGCAGACAUCAGCACUGGUGUCAACACCUGCGAGAACGCCGGGUGUCGGCGCGGAUUCAACGAUGACGGGACCGGCAAAGGGCGGAGGUCGCGUGACGGAGGUGAUGGAGCUCUGUUACGUCACCGAGAGGAUCAUCGCUCUUUGGUACAGAGAGGAUGCGCAGGGUGUCCUCGAACAUGCCACGACCCUUCUGCGCGGGAAACAUGCUGAUAAUUACAUGAUCUUUAAUUUGUCAUCGCCCGGCCGACCCGGCGAGCCAAAUACAAGGGAAGCUGGAUGGCCGCAGGGAUUAGCGCCAAGUUUGGAGAGACUGUGUGCUCUCUGCAAGGAGCUGGACUCCUGGUUAAACGGCGCUUCCAACCGCGUCGUUGUUCUACAUGCCAGGGGCAGCAAGGAGCGCCUGGGUGUGGCAGUGUCCGCUUAUAUGAACUACAGCAGCAUCUGCGGGGGACGCGAUCAAGCGUUGGACAGGUUCGCCAUGAGAAGGUUUCUCGACGACAAGAUCGGAUCGCUGCAGGUUCCGUCGCAUCGAAGAUAUAUUGAGUACUUCAGCGGAUUGCUAUCAGGCUCUCUGAGAAUCAGCCAGUCGCCAUUGUACCUGACCCAUCUGACAGUCCUCGGAGUGCCGCUAUUUGAACCGACGGGCUGUCGAGCCUUUCUUAAAGUAUACGAAGGACUUACACCGGUUUACACUUCGGAUCUAUACUCGGUGACGAACGCACGCGAAUUUACAGUUAAUCUCGGCGGACUUCGACUGAGGGGUGACAUCUUGGUCAAGUGCUACCAUAGGGUAUACUCGAAGCAGACUCGAGAAGUCAUGUUUUCUCUCCAGUUUCACACGUGCGUAAUUACGGAGAACGUCGUCUCCUUCCCGCGAUCGGAACUCGAUAUCGCCUGCGAUGAUCCUCGAUGUCCACCCGACAGCGUGGUGACACUUUACUUCGCUACCGACGCGAAACGUCAGGACGGCCCAGUCCCAGCGCCGACACCCGCCGUGCCGCAUGCAUCGGCGCAUCACGAUCCCAUCCUGCAUUGGGACAGCUAUACGAAUCUCGAGAUCAGCGACGACGAAGGCCGUGAAACCCCACUGUCGCCACCACCUCCCUCAAGCUCUUCAGUUCAAACUUCACCUCGUGGUUUGGGUUAUACGUGUGGUCCUAUAGAUGGAUCCCUGUACGCCGUGGUACAUCAGGGUACUGCAGGAGGUGCUCGCGGUUCGCCAUUGACGGUUUCUAUGGACAGUGGCAUAAGUAGUGCACCGCCACAAAGACCUAGUCCACCAGAACCCGAGCCUGAAAAUCAAGCUCACGGAGACCUCGACAAACUUCUCCAUGAUAUGAUGCUUACUGUCGAGUCUAUGCCAGACCCUCCGACAGAUGACUACAAUCGUGAUCGUAGUGAAAAAAUGUACAUUCAAGAAUCACGCAGCUACAGCAGUCACAGCAGUCAUCCAACAUCUACUUAUUCCACUCUGAAGGAUUCCUACAGGAGUUACGGGGCUGGUAAGGAAUCGAGUCCGCCCUACAAUUCAAGCAGCAGUUACAGCACCUUGAAGAACGAGUACAGAGAUUCGUCAAAGAGCAUCGAGCAUCGCGACUUUGAGUAUCGUAUGUCUCCGGAUCGUAAGAUAUCCGAAUCCUCCAACGAUUCCUACAGGAAGCACACGGAUUCUUUCUCGCCGCCUGGUAACAUUGACUUCAUCGACGAGGAUAUUCCAUAUCACGCCAGGCAGACCAGCCAACCGUUCUCGUACGCUACCACCGAUAUGAUAAAGCAUCAGAAAUUAUCGUCACCUUCGUUAGUAAGGAAGGCGUCCGCGCGAGGUGUAGCGCCUGUCGUAGAUUUCGAGGACAUUCUUGGCGAGAAUUCUAGAAGACCCAUCAGUCCCCUCAGUCCCAAUACUCCGGAUCCGCCGCCGGAAUUCGCAAACGGUCCCGUGAAGAGUGGAUCUGAUCACAUCGAUGGCUUGUCGUGGCUGAGACAGCAGCAAUUGAAACUUGCCGCUAGGCGAGAUGAAAGGAGCCCGGGUAAGCUUUGGCGACAAGAGACCGGAAACCGUGUCAUCGGCGAGCUCAGGAGCUUGCAGAGAGGAAGAUUGAGAUACGACGGUUACGCGAGCGAUUCAGCCGUCCUCGACGACGAUGACGACGUAUGGACAGCAAAUUCCGUUUCUGGACAGCCAUCGUCGAGAGCUGUUUCGUACACCUCCGCACCAGCUAGUCCUCUACUUCCGCAGAGAUCGAGCAGCCGGAAGUAUAACGGCAGCACUGGAAACGGCAUCCUUGGCAGACCACGGGCGGAAAGUAUGAACGAACGACCGUUUGUUUCCGUAAAACGUGCUUACGAAUACCGCAAGUACAACGACAGCCAGAGCCCUCCGACAUCCCCCCGCUCAGCCUUAGUGGCCGCGCCACCCUUAGGGUUCGCGGCGGGUCAGCAAUCGAGUUCCAGUAACACCGACAGGCCGCAACAGCAUCAGCAGCAACCGCCGCGGCCGGAGUCGCGCAGCGACAGUUUCGCGCGCACGGACGCAUUGUUCCGCGAGCAUCGCCAUCAUCAGUUGCAAUCCGGUGUCAUCAACAGCGUCACCAAUGACCACUCCGCGGAUCGGAAGCAGGCGACCGCGGAUCGUCAGGAGUACGCGGCAUCUAGUCGAAACGCGCGGCCCGAGUCGAGGAAUCGCAUUGCUUAUCAGAGCGUCGGGAGUUACAGCUCGACCAGCAGCAGCAACGACCAAGUGGACGGCGGAUUAUUAGCGGUGGUCGAUCACCAGCCUGACCCUCUCGUGAGCCUCAUUCAGACUCUAGCCGAGAUCUCGCCGAUUCGCGCGUCCCCGAGCAUGACAAAAACCGAGAACGAGCACCCUACCGGCAGCGACGCGAUAGCAGCCGCUGCAAUACCUGCCAGUGUGCCUAGCAACAAUGUCACUAAUUGCUCCCCUAAUCAGUCACCAAAAGCAUGGCAGAAUUGCACCCAGCCGCACAAUGACUCGGCGUCAUCGUGGACCGAGAGAAGCGUCAGUCCCGGAAGCGCGAUCGUCAGCGGCGCCUCGCGACCCCAGACGCCGGCGUUUCCGGUCUAUCCGCGGACGCCGUAUGUCAAUAACGCAUCACCAACGGUGACGUUCGCCAGCGAUCGCACCUACGUGACGUCCAACAACAGCUACAAUGUCAGCAACAACAACAACAACGAGGCCGGCGGAAAUAAUAAUAAUAACGUCGGAACCUACAGCGAACGAAUAUAUAUCGAUGAACGAAGGGAAGCCUCGAAGGAGACGGGGCUUCCACCCAAGAGUCCGACAACACAGCGACGCUUGAGUUUCCCAGCAAGCGGGUCGCUUAAACAAACGCAUAACAAACGAUGGCCACUCACUAACCAAUCGGCGUCGUUCGACUAUAGUAAGGACCGACCUGUUUCUCCUAUAAACGAAUCGACGAUAUCGCAGCCACAGGCUGUUUCACGCAGUCCCGGAACACCAACCCACGUAGAAUUUGCCCAAAGCCCCAAGAGUGCUACGUCAUACACAUCAAUCAACAGUGGUGGUCAAUCUUCGCCGCAAAUUCAAUAUUAUAGCUCCAGACGCUCCAGCGUUCACUCGAACACUGAGCCCCAGGAGGUAGCUGACGUUAAUGUGAAAUUUGUACGCGAUACUAGUAAAAUCUGGUACAAACCUAAUAUAUCGCGGGAGCAAGCAAUCUCGAUGUUGAAAGACGCAACACCCGGCACAUUUGUGGUACGAGACAGCAACUCGUUUCCGGGUGCUUUUGGUCUGGCAUUGAAAGUGGCUACGCCACCCCCUGGUGCGCCCAGUAGUCCACGAGAUCCUUCAAGCGAGCUUGUUAGGCACUUCUUAAUCGAACCAACAUCGCGCGGCGUUAGACUAAAGGGAUGCGCAAACGAACCCGUUUUUAGUUCGCUUUCGGCACUGGUUUACCAGCACAGUUUGAUGGCUAUGGCAUUACCUUGCCAACUACUGUUACCCGAACCAGAAGCAGCCGCUAGAGCUCUAGACUCACCUGGUACCAAUAGCACUCAACAGCUUCUCGCUCAAGGAGCAGCUUGCAAUGUUUUAUAUCUCUUUACAAUCGAUACGGAGUCUUUGACCGGGCCACAGGCCAUCAAGAAAGCCGUCACUAGUCUAUUCGAGCAAAAGCCUUUGCCGGUUGCCACAAUUGUUCAUUUCAAAGUCUCCACGCAGGGCAUUACUUUGACUGAUAAUGCAAGAAAGCUAUUUUUCCGUCGACAUUAUCCUACAAAUAACAUAAGUUAUUGUGGAUUGGACACUGAAGAACGCACGUGGGACUUUACUAGCGAAGAUACUGGAAAACCACUUAGCGCCCAUCGCUGCUUUGGCUUUGUGGCAAGAAAACUCGCUCACAAAUCGGACAAUCAGUGCCACGUGUUCGCCGAACUGGAACCAGAACAACCCGCCACGGCCAUCGUAAAUUUCGUGAAUAAAGUUAUGAUGGGUAGCUCCAUCGCCAAGGCCAACAUUGUUUAAGAAUUGCUACUCGCCAACAUAACUCGCCACAAUCCCCAAGACUAACGGGCACAAACAUCAUUGCGAAUUCAUUAACGGUUUCGCCUUUAAGGCCGAUACCGACACAUAUCUUUAACGCCAAAAAAGUCCAAUUAAAAACAAAACGACUGAGAAGUUGGGGAUAACGGAAUAAAUGAUCGAUAUAAUCGAUUAAUGAAAGCAUUACUUCGUUAACACGCAAAGGACACGUGUAAAUCCUUUUAAAGGAUUUACUGAAAAUGACUGCACGAAUUAAUCAUUAUCAUUAACCGACUAUUCAUAAUAAGUCUACGUGCAUUUCGUAGCGUUGAAUUAGUAGGACGUUCAUGUUGCAAACAGUAGGAAUAAUAUUCGGUAACGCAGGACAAAGGUUAAAGAAUUGCUCUGACUAGAAGAGAACAAGAAAAACGAGAGACGAUAAUGUGAAUCGAUUCCAUCCUCGCGUCAAUAUGCAGUCAAGAUAAAAUUGUUACGAUUAUCGUUACUGUUGUAUUUUAACGUAGCGAAUAGUAAAAAUACAAUAUAAUAGAUGAUCUAAGGAGGACAAGGUGGUCAAAUGACUACGUUGAAAAAACUUGCUAAAUAUAAUAAAAAUAAUUUGAUUUUAUUUUUAAAAGUAUUAUAAAAUUUUGAUUAUUCUACGUUUUUAUUGAUAGCACGUAUAAAUAUGAUUUAACACAUAUACUAUUUAUGAUUUAGCAGUUAUUGAAAUAUUUCAAAUUUUAAUAUGAGAAUUUUGGCGAAAUAGAUUUAAAUAAUAUUUUAAUCGCUCCCUUCUUUCUCUUCACGUAUAUUUUAAUAUUUUUUAGAAGCUUGUUUUGCGAAAUUUUGAAGUUCAUGAUUUCGCCACCUUUCCCCAUUUAUGAUAUGAUCAAU